GUACAUAAUACACGUAGCUGGGACGGCCCGUUUCCCCAUCCGCAGAUCCGCCGAUCCAGAACCCUAGCGGUGCGGCCCAUCCUCCCAUCCUCUUCAGCUCCGCUCCUCUCGGCGGCGGCAGCACCAGCGCAGCAAGGGUGAGGAGAGGGCGAGGCGAGAGCAGCGGCUACGCUUCUUCCUCUCUUCAGCAAGCAAGAUCAGAAGAAAUAUAUCAUCAGAUAAGCAGCUAAAUUGGAGCCAGGGGUGGUGGAAGUGAAAUGGGAUGUUUGAGUGGGGUUGCCCUAAUUGGAGCCAGGGGUGGUGGAAAUAUGAGAUUUGUUUUGGCAGAUAGCCCAGAAAAAAAGAAAGGAUGGAAUUGAAAUUUGAGGCACCGCGGAAAAAUGAGUUUCUUGCCCUGGACAAAUAUAACGUUAAUGGUAAAGAUGAAUCAAUUCCAGUAAGAAAUGAUUAUCCGCGUAACCCUCUCCCUUGUUUUAGUACUGAGGAUUUUGAUUUGAAAAAGGUUGAGUUUAUGCAAAAAAGGGCUGUUAUGAUCGCCAAGUCCAGAGCAAAUGACAUAAUCAUCAAAGACCCUGACCCUCAGUGGGUAUCUGCGGCCUUACUUGACACAUACGACGAAUUGGAGCCCAUCCUUUUAAAGGAUAGUGUCCGGUGCUUCCUCCGAUUAUUCGAGAACUCUGCAGGCAAGGGCAUGUCAUCGAAUCUUACCGUCACGUCACAAACCUUAACCUUCAUUGUCAGCUUGAAUGCCAUGCGAUGUGCAAAAGUUGUAUUGGAGGGCGUGGCACCUGAGCUCCGUGGGAUGCAUGCCAAUCCCAACUGCAUAAACAGAUAUGGAUACUUCCCGAUUCACGAAGCUGCUGAAAGAUUCGCUGUUGACAUGAUCAAGCUGCUUUUACGCCAUGGUGCAUCAGCCAAUGUGCGCACAGUUGGUGGUAAUGUCAUUGAGAAUCUACUUCCGCUCCAUGUCGCAGUUGAGAAUACUUGCCUGCAUAAGUAUCUGGAGGACAAUCUUUCUCUCAGCCAGAAUCCUCUGGAUUAUAUUUACAAGCUUAUCCAUCUGCUGUGUCUACCUGAAAUGAAGAUCUUCUUGGAUACGACUAGACUGCUUGCAGAAAAAACAAAUAAUCUACUUCAAGAGCUCUGGAAGUACAUUGAGGAUGGAAAAAUUAUCCAGUCUGCAGUUCUACUGCUGGCUGCUCAAGAACAGAUCCGUCGGGGCAGUUCGUCCAAGAUAAAUGGCAGUAGCAAGACAAAUGGGUUUGACAUUAUCAAUAAAUGUAUAAUGAGGCUUUCAUUUGCCUUGAAGUGGGAGAAAGAUUCACAUGGAAUGGCACAGGAGCUUCUGGAGGAAAGGAAGAAACUUACUGAUUGUGCAUGGCUGCUUGUUGAUGUAUUUUCCCAUGCCGGUGAAGAUCUUUCUGCAUACAUUAAAGUGCAUUCUGAGGUGCCCCAUAUGGAGGUCUUUCAACAUGUUUCAUCUAUCCUCAAGGAGUAUGGAUUUUGCCCUACCGGAGAUACCAUGGACACUAUAAAACUCCGGCCUUAUGACUGCAGAAAGUCGGAUGGAGCGCCGUGCAAAGGGCCUGUAGAUGCAAACAUGGCAGUUAUGGGAACGGCCAAUCUGGAUGCUGCUGGGAAAAAGGCUGUGAGAACGAAAGUAGGGGGGGGAUGGGACCCCACAUAUACAAAGAGAAGUUUUUACCCAUUUUGGAGAUCAGUGUUACAAGCCCGGUUUCCCAAGGUGUAUCCAGCCUAUGCAAGCGAAGAUCCUUGGUCUGGGCGUAAACCUGGACAACUCUGUGUUCCUCUGCAGAAGGCCAAUGGAUCUGGAUCUACUCCAACUCCAAAUCAUAAAUUUGGUCUAGUGCAAAGAGUCUUGCCACGUAGAAGCAAUGAUCAACCCAGGAGGUGCUUUAUCACUGCUGCCACUGGUGCAUUCAGGCUCUUGAAGGUUCUGAAGUAGUAGAAAGGGGGGCUCAGCUUGUUGCGAAUAAUUGGGCUGCAUGGCGUCAUUCUGUUGUAAUCGUCACGGAGCAAGACUGGGUGGAGAUGGUUUGUAACUUGGCGGUUUAGCUUUUGAGUCAUCAAGUACUUGUAUGAAUAAUUUUUAAACUUAAUGUUGUGUCUGGCUCCAUGUUAAGCCUCCAGCAUGCUGACAGAAACUCGUCGGAAACUAGAAGGAAAUCGUUUUCCUCCA